CAUAACCUCACAGUUUUUAUCCUUUUAAAGCUAGUAGAGAUAUAUCUAUAUAUAUACCAGUGUAUUUAUCAUGGCACUGGAAGAUCAAUUUACUUCAAUUCAAUGGGACCGUGACGAUGUGGCAUCUACUGAGGCCCCUGCCCUGCCACCACCACCUCAAUAUGCGGUCAUACACGAAGGGGACGAGCACCGAGAAUCUAAGGAACUUUCAGGAGGUGAUGAGAAUAGUCACGGUGAUGCAGAAUUAGAGUCGGAAGACCCAUCGAAUUCCUUGCUUAUGUCGCCAGAGAGAGAUCAUUCGUCUACCGGAGGAGAUGAUAUUGGCCACAAUAGUAGUUCAGCCAGUGUUAAUUCUUUGAGUAGUGCUGGAAGGGCUGACAGCGAUAAACAGAUUGCUCCUGAUUUUGGCACUCAUCACGAUGAACAUGAAGAGGCUCACCACGGAGAAGAGGAAGUCUUGUUCAAUAUGGUUUCGACAGUAACGGAACCUAUGAGGGACAUUGACUCGCAGUCGAAACCAUACAUUUCAUAUUUACUAACCACUGUCACGAACAACACAUCUAUAGCCAAACUUUCUCGGCAAGUGAUUGAACCUGAGAAGAAUAUAGUUGUCAAAAUUAGAAGAAGAUAUGGUGACUUUAAAUUUCUAUAUGAUUGCUUAUGCAAUGAUUACCCUCAACUUCUUGUCCCACCUCUCCCAUCCAAGCUGAAUUUCAAGUACCUCACUGGUGAUACUUUUAGCACAGAGUUUGUAAACAAAAGAUUAAAUUCUUUGAAUAGAUUCAUUAAGUACCUUUGCCAACAUAACAGCUUUGCUAGACUGAAGAUUUUCCAUUUGUUUUUAAGUGAUUCAACCGAUUGGUCGACUUUCCAAAAGAAUUUGAAGAUUAGUAAAAAUUCAUUAGGGGGAGGGUCAGUAUCCAAUGAUCUGGAAAUUGAUUCUUCAUUCACUUCCAAUGUCGUCAAUAAGGUUGUAAAUGAAGAUUUACUUACUGAGACAAUUAUGAAUUUUUUGACACCUUCUAAGCACAAACGAGAAAGUAAUAAGGAAAUUAUUGAAAUUUCUGAUAAACUUAAAAAGUUGUAUGAGAAUUUAAUUAAACUUGAUCGAAUUUUUUCCAAGCUUAAUAAGAAGAAUUAUGAUUUAUCAUUUGAUUAUGAACAAUUUCUGAAUCAAAUAACCAAACUUUCCAACGUCAAUAAUACUACGGAAAGUAAUGGUAACACUACUGGUAGUCAUGAUGCACAAGUAACCAAUAACUUCAAAACAUUUGCCGAUUCUCUUUCAUAUUUUCUGGAAAAUUGGUCGAAUCUUCAUAAAUAUAUUGAUGAAUCAUUUUUAGUAUCUUUGAAGGACUGCGCUAAAUACAUUAUUAGCUUAACCAAUUUGAUACAUUUGCAACACAAUAAGAAGAUUGACUUGCAAGUACUUCAAGAUUAUCUUAACAAGGCACGUGGCGAGUUAGCAGGUCUAACUGGACAUACACAUAAUGGUCAAACUAGUGCACCUAACCCUGUUAUCUCUGGCACGCAUACAGGAGGAUUGGUAAACAACACUACCCAAUUAAUCAAAGAUACUUUGUCUACAAGCUCUACAAAUCAUAUUGGAUCCUCUCAUACUGACAACAAGAAAUUAAAGCUUCAAGCCAGAAUUGAGCAGUUAGAAGCAGAAAUCAAAUUACAAACCCAAUUAGUUCACGAUUUAACAAACCGGAUUAUCAAUGAGGAAUACCCUAACUGGGACAGGUUUAACAAGAUUGAAUUGAAGACAACUAUGCUAGGCCUUUGUGAUCAACAAAUAAAUUUUUAUUCCGGGUUGGUAAGUAAAUGGAGUGAUGCAGAAAGCAAAUUAUUGAACAGGUUACAAGAAUUGAGUUGAAUGGCAGAGAUUCUACCAG